UCUAGGAAAUAUGGACCAUUUUGCAUUCUUUCUUCGCCAUAAUAACUCUCUUUAUUGGCCUUAUAUUGCUUUCAGCCUUAACCAAAAGAACAGAAACACAUAACCAAAAAGAGAAGAAAAAAAGAAGAGAGAAGAGAAAUGGGAGGCGUUGCUUGGACUGAAGAAGAAGAUUACUUACUCAAGAAAUGCAUUGAGCAAUAUGGAGAAGGGAAAUGGCAUCGAGUUCCUCAGUUGGCUGGUUUAAACAGAUGCAGAAAGAGUUGCAGACUGAGAUGGUUGAAUUAUCUUCGUCCAAAUAUCAAGAGAGGAAGCUUCACACCAGAGGAAGUAGACCUCAUUUUCAGCCUCCACAGUCUCUUGGGCAACAGGUGGUCAGUAAUUGCUGGAAGAUUACCAGGAAGAACAGCAAAUGAUAUAAAGAACUAUUGGAAUUGCCAUUUGAGCAAGAAGCUGAAUGGGCAAUUAGGAGGAGUUGAGGACCAGCAGGCAAACCCCACAAAAGAAGAAGCCUUUUUUGGGAAACCACAAAAUUGGGAGCAUCCUCAAGAAGAGAGCAGCAAAUCAAGGGCAAAAGGAAAGACGUGUGCUGCAGACCAUGACCAAAAUAUUAAUGGAGAAAACAGCCAAGAGAUGAUUUUGGUUCAAAAUCAGAAUCAGAAUUUGCCCAUUAUUGUAGAACAACAAAGUAAUAGCAUGGGCAGUCUGGGGAAUUUGCAAAUGGAGUUCAAAGCAUUGGAGGAUGAUCAUCAUCAACAGGGCUGCAACAAGAGGGAGGUGUGGGAUGAUUGGAUUUCUGAGAUGGAUCUUUGGAUUGAUUCUUUGUGAGGACGAACAGGCCUGCAACAACUGCACAAGUUUGUUUUUAUUUGAAUUUAUUAUCAUAUGGUAACACGAAUAUUUGGAUUCUUGGGAGAAAUGGGGAUCGAACUUUUGACCUUAAAAGAAAAGUACCCGUUAUGUUCCUAUUGGCUUUGAGAACAAGUUUUAUUCAUCAUCGUGAGGAGAAAUAAAUCUUGUUUGGUAGAUUUUAAGUUACAAGGCCUUUU